CGAGACCAGUUCACCAUUAGCUCGAGCAGAAAGUGGGGCGGAAAGCUAGGGUUUCUCAGGUCCUCGGCAAUGUCGUCGGCGAAAACCCUAGCGCGGGCGGGCUCCUCCCUCCUCGGCCGCCUCCUCGCGUCCCCGUCUCCCCUUCGCGCGGGGCUGCCUCCGCCGUCGCUGCUCUCCAGGAUCCAGCCGCUCGUCCCCCCGCCGCCGCCGCCGCAGCCGCGGCCGGAGACGACGGUGGAGGCCUACGAGGCGCAGGCGGUGGCGAGGCUGAGCUCGCUCCCAGGAGAGAUCUCCUUCCCCUGCGGCCUCCCCUCGCUCCGGUUCAUCAUCGAAGACGGAAAGGAUCCUGUUGCUAAUGAACCCCUGGAGCUACUUCCAAAAAGAACUUAUCAGCCCAGUACCAUCAAGCGGAAAAGAACCCAUGGGUUUCUUACACGACUGGUGAAUGACAAGCAGAAGAUGAGAAGAAAAAUGCAAGCUGCGGACUCCUGUUGCCGAUGAAUUCGUCAGGAAAUUCUACACGUACCCCGCCGCUUCAAAAAAACCAUUGAAAAAAUAUAGAAAAAAUACUUGGGUUUGAUGACUAACCGGGGAUGGAGUCGCUGCCUGCGCGGCGCAUGGCAGGUUGUUGUUUGGCUCUGUGCCUCGUUGGCUCCCCUACCCUUGUGCGACGUGGCUGUAGCCUUGUGUACGUGGAUGCUCCGGAGGCGAUACCAGUGUGUGUGUGCCUGCCGCGGAUGACUUGCCGGAGAUACUGUGCUGCACUCGAGAUAAUAAAGCAGUCAAGCAGGUGUCAGCUAGACGGACUAGUCGUGAGCUCGCACGUGUCAGCUAGAUUUAUUUUGUUGUUUUGUGCACCAACUUUGGAGGGAUAGUAUAAUCAUGGGCAGCCCCAUCUGUAGAAAAUUUAGAGGAUUUUAAUUCUAUAUAAAAUAUUUCUAUAAAGAACUUCGAAUCAA